CUUGAAAAGCUUUACCAAUUUCUACCCUAAAGCCCUACGCCCUAUAAGGAUCCAAGAUGUGAUUUUUAACACUAGAAAGCGUUUCUACUCGAGCUGCUCUGUGGUCACGAUCUCACAAGCUGCUCUGUGAUCACGAUCUCACAAGCAGACUCUCUCUCUAAGUUCCUUGCAGUCUGCAUCUCCACUAGCACUCUUUUUUUACCCAUGAGGAUUACAUCCACAGCAGCUUCCAUUUGGUUACUCAUCUUUCUCUUGAACUACACUUGCGAAGUUCUCUCCUUAAAUGAAGAGGGAUCUGCCCUUCUCUCCUUCAAACAAUCCAUCAAGGAGGACCCAGAAAGCUCUUUUGCUAACUGGAACUCCUCUGACGAGGACCCUUGCUCCUGGAAUGGGAUUAUAUGUAGAGAAGGGAAAGUGAUUUCUAUUAGCUUUCCUAAGACUGGGCUUGCAGGUACACUUUCAUCUUCCAUCGGUUCCCUCCAUUAUCUCAGGCACAUUAAUCUUAGGAACAACAGGCUUUCUGGGAGCUUGCCUUCUGAGCUUUUUAGAGCUCAGGAGCUCCAAAGUUUUGUUCUUUAUGGAAAUUUAUUAUCUGGUUCUCUUCCUCCUGAGAUUGGCAACCUUUCUUACCUUCAAAUCUUAGACCUUUCCCAAAAUCUGCUAAGUGGGUCGAUACCGGCUUCACUUCUUCAUUGUCAGAGGCUGAAAUUCCUUGUUUUAAGUCAUAAUAACUUCACAGGUGCAUUGCCUGAUGGUUUUGGGAUCAGCUUUCCUGCUCUGGAAAAACUUGAUCUUUCAUUCAAUGUAUUAAGUGGUUCAAUUCCUAGAGAUAUCGGUAAUCUUUCUAAUCUACAAGGCAUCCUUGACUUGUCACACAAUUUCUUCUCUGGAUUGAUUCCGGAAAGCCUUGGAAAUCUGUCUGAGAGGGUCUACAUCGAUCUGGCAUACAAUAAUCUGAGUGGCCCAGUACCGAAAACUGGAGCGUUGGUUAAUAGAGGUCCUACUGCUUUUAUUGGAAACCCUGGAUUAUGUGGCCCUCCAUUGAAGAUCCCAUGCCUUUCAUUUUCACCACCUCCAGCUCUUACGAGAAAUUCGAGUGCGAACAAUGUCGGCUAUAGUAGAAAACUGAAAGGAAGUGCAAUAACUGCAAUUGUUCUCAGUGAUGUGGCAGCUCUUGCUCUUAUUGCAUUGGUGUUCUAUUUUUGUUACCGUCGAGCAAUUUCUUCUAAGAAAAAAGACGAAGAAAGGUACUUUGGUAAAGGUUCGAAGAGCUCAAAGGAGCUUCUUUGUUUUAGGAAAAAUGAGAUUGAAAAAUUUUCAGAAAAUGCGGAGCAGUUAGAUCUCAUUCCAUUGGAUCAACAAGUGUAUUUUGAUUUGGAUGAGCUCCUGAAAGCAUCUGCAUUUGUUUUGGGGAAGAGCGAUCUCGGCAUUGUUUACAAAGUUGUGCUCGAAGAUGGGCUUACCUUGGCUGUUCGAAGACUUGGUGAAGGAGGCUCUCAGCGGUUUAAAGAGUUCCAAAGGGAGGUGGAAGCUAUAGGGAGGAUCAGACAUCAAAAUAUUGUUACAUUGAGAGCUUAUUACUGGUCUUUUGAAGAAAAACUUCUUAUUUAUGAUUAUAUACCUGGGGGGAAUCUGUCUACUGCUAUUCAUGGAGAUUUUUCUCCACUACCAUGGGAUGCUAGAAUCAAAAUCAUGAAUGGAAUUGCCAGAGGCUUGGCUUUCCUCCAUGACUUCAGCCCAAAGAAGUAUGUACAUGGAGAUAUCAAACCAAACAACAUACUUCUUGGCUUGGACAUGGAACCAUACAUAUCUGAUUUUGGAGUCGGUCACCUUGCAAAUAUAGCUAGUGGAUCACCUGCAACACACUUGAACAAGAUAAUUGCAGAGAAAUCACAGAACUCUGAUUCCUCAGUAAGCCCAAUCAUAAACAUCACACCAUCUUACCAAGCUCCCGAAGCACAGAAAGGCUUGAAACCUUCUCAGAAAUGGGAUGUUUUCUCUUAUGGUGUGAUUUUACUUGAGCUUAUUUCGGGAAGAUCUCCUGUUGUCUUACUGGAAACUCUUCAAAUGGAUUUAGUUAAGUGGGUUCAGUGCUGCAUUGAGGAGAGAAAGCCUCUUUUGGAUGUAUUGGAUCCCUUUUUAGCUCAAGAACCUGAGAAGGAAGAUGAGAUUAUUUCGGUGCUUAAGAUAGCAUUGGCUUGCGUUCAAUACACUUCUGAAAAGAGGCCAUCUAUGAGAAAUAUUGCUGAGUCACUGCAAAGGCUAAGCAUUCUAUCAUGAAAUAUUUAAAGCCUGGAAUUUCUGUAACUAUAUUUAUAGAGACCAUCUUCUUAAUCAUGUCCUUUUGCAUUUCAAGUUUCUUUCAGUCUGUUAAUCCACUUAUGGGCUAUUCUACUGGAAUUCUAUUAAAGAGUGAUAUGUUUAGUAGUUCAUAGAUAUUUUUUGUGGCCUAUUUUGUAUGAUUGUGUUCUAAACAUGUCCAAAAAGUUUGAGUUGGAA